AAUGCAAUAUGAAGGCCACAUUUGUCUUAUGAUUCUGCAAUGUAGAAACAGCGUUACACCCAUAUUUUUUGGUGCCAGCAGUUUAGCUUAAAGAGCUAACACUUGUGAUGGAGAGUGCAGAUUCUAGAACCUCGUGAGUAUUAUUUACAAAAUGACAUCAAAUCGAGAACUCAAGCACAUGCAGUGACAUUCCCAACGGCACGCAACACAUGUUCCGUGCCACGCGACCCUCCUUUCAAGCCUGAAAAGGCGAAUCAGCAGAGCCUUACGAUUCACAUACACCAGCGCCCCACAAACUGAACAGAAACACAAAUUCAGGUUGUAUAGCAUGAUUUCACUAUUGCACAUUAUGAAUUAUUUUGAAAAGUAAUAUGUCCGCUCAUAAUACUGCUGAGGUAAACGCGUGACGUCUGAUAUUGCUUAAUGCUUCAGGCUCGAUGCUGCACUAAACUGUAGGCUUGUCAAAGUUUAAAAGUGCAUGUGUUUUUGACUCCUUAUUCAUUUCGCAAAAUACGGCGAAGCGAUUGCCAGGGCUGUGAGCCUCAACCUUCCAAGCAUACGGCGAGCUCCUCUACAUGUAUGGUCACCUUUAUACCAAAUGCAAUAAUAGAUAUACGGUUGCCCACUCCCCCCAAAAAAUGAACAGAAUGUACUUAAGACAUUCUAGGCUACAUUGAAGAAAAAUUAUUCUUCUCGGCUAGCUAUGAUAACCAGUAAAAAUGAAUGUGUUACGCCUGCAUCAAUAAAAUCUGAGCUUUCAAUGGCGGUCACAAGCAGAUGCAUGAAAGCCUACGGAAAUUACACAUAAAUGUUAACUGCGACCAAAACAAUUCUCAACCGGAACGCAAUGCUGCAGUCAUACAACUUAUCCAUCAAAAACCAAAGAGCCAGCCGUUCUGCAGCCAUUUUACUCAUUCAUUUUGCGUUUUCGAUCAUCUUGUGAAGUAAAAAGGUGAUUGUUACGAAAAGUACUUUUCAAUUAGAAAGCGUGAUCCCCUUAAGAACACACUAGUGAGGUUCAUUCACGCAACAAUUGAAUACACUCUCUGCGGUCGUGUCUCAAGGAGGGAAGAAUCUGUCACACAUCUCCUCCGCCUCAAUGUCAACCGCAGUCAGUCACCGCUGUUCAAAAUGAACCAGCAAGCCAUACCCUUAUUUUCUACAUGAAUCGUUGAGUCAGAUAUUCGUCACCUGCUUCUCGACUGCCGCCGUUCCAAGUCCUUUCGCGACAAGCUCAAGUCUCGCCUGACCAGCCUCGGAUACUCUCGCAACACUAAUUGGCACGCGGAGCAGUGGUGUAACCGUGGUGCUUCUCCACUACCUUCCUGAUACCGGUCUCUUCAGCAGUCUGUGACAUCGCGUGUGUGACGGCGAGACACUUUUGACCUCGGACCCCACAUCGCCUGACUCUUAACUGCCCCAGGAAUACACACUAACGAAUUAUUUAAUAAGGAACAGCAAGACGUCUUUUCCCCCGGCUGACUUUUCCUGUGAAAAUAGAUCCCCCACCACCCUUGAGAACAGAGUGAUAACUGGUAUAGACACCAGGAUGGCACCUCGAUGGCACUUUGUUGACUCUAUGCUGCCUUAGAUGACCCCUCCAAAAAUAAAAUUAACAAAAUGCAGUGUAUUGCUGAACCAGUAAAGAAAAAGUAGACUUUCUGCUGCGUAUCAUGCCGUACACGUGAUUGUAUUACUACAGUCAACACAGUAUUGUAAAUUCGACGUAGAAAAAACGUUGGAUAUCAACAAAAUGAAUGUUGAACCGGCGAUGACAGCGAACGUGAAAUCAUGUCAAAUGUUCGCUCGAAAACACGUUAAUUUAGCAAGUGCCGAUCAACGUAAAUUUAACGUAUAUGAAAUGCAGUUUAUAUGUGAAUACAACGUACCACAUUGUACGACAUGAGAGCAUAAAAUAAACAGCGCUUUACAACGUUCCUCCAACGCUGUCAUGACGAUAAAAAUUACACGUUCAGUGUAAUUUUACAUCUAUUUUAGUAUAUCCCCUUAACACUUUGAAUAUCCCUGUAGACAUCCCAAGUCUAGUAUAAAAAUAAUUUCGCACGAAAGUGGGGAAUAGAAUCACUUUAUUACCCAAAAUACAUAUGGCAUAGGUGUUGACUUGAAUUUGCUAUAGCCCUCGUGUUUAUCUUCUGGACUAUUACUACCAUAUUCAUAUUUUCUUUGUACGAUCUCUUGCAAUGUUAACAGUAGCAGAAUCACGCAAACUUGGUAAAGCGCUGUUCAACGGUUUGUGCGGCAGAUCCGCAUUGUUUGAGCCUGCUUUUUGCUAAAGGUAUAAGGCAAAAUUUUCGCAAAAGCGACGUUGUAUAUUCGACGUCUGUCCUCCUGUGGCUUUCCAUUACAGUUAUCGACGCUGUUUUCAAGUACGAUAAUCUACUGUUAAUUUGUCUGCAACAAAUCCACGUUAUAUUCACGUUAAACAUUUGACAUGCGGAAUUGACUACGUAAAAUGAGCGCGGAACCAAUGUCCGCAUUUUGCGUUCUACAUUGUUCAGCAAUAUUCAACGUUAAUUCUGCAUUCUACCAACAAUGUGUGUUGACUGGGACCAUGUCGAGUAUGUUGGUGAGUAACUUUCCUUUAAUGGUUACUUGGCGCAUUCCAUGAUAACAUAAAAUAGGAAGGCAACGAAGGUCACGAAUAAUAUGAACUAUGUUGGGGCGAACGGAAAUAGCUUAGGAAAGGCAAUGUCGAUACCCUCUUUCACCACUGAAGCUUGUAAGCCGGCAUGAUCGUGCACAGCUGCUGCAAUGCGUUAGUCUGUAGAUCGUCGAUCUGUGCAAGGUCCGUCGCAAAAAUAAAAUCAAACCUAAUCGAAUCCGACCCGUGUUUUUCCUGCAGACACCACGUGUGAGGUUUUCUGACAUACAUAUAUGAUAUGUCUCUGGUAUAUCUGAUCUCUCUGAUAUAUAACGCUCGCGAAUAAUGUCUGGAAGCGUUCCGUGAAAUCGAGCUAAGGCUAAUUUCGAUAGUUUUCGCACAGCUAGUCCUACUGGUGCAACAGUCGCGGUUGCAUUGCUAGAAUGCCAUCUGACAGACCAUAGACAUACGUGUAUUACUGCGAAUUAGGUAUCGCUACUUUGACCGUCGAAAGAGAAUGCACAACACUGUUAGAAAUAUUUAUACCUUUUACGGUAUAAACGGCUUGUCCUAGGGCGCAUACCUUUUGAGGUAUAAAUGCUGUAGCUCCUUCGGGGUAUAGUGACUUUAUACCUGCCUGAAGGUAUAUUAUUUGCACCUCAUGGUAUAAACAUAUAUCCCCUUGAAGGUAUAUUUUCAAACCCAGGGUGUAAUCUUCGAAAAGUGGAAUAUUCGAUGUAUUUCAGCACUAGAUAAGAGUGGCACUUUCCUGAUCCAGCUCGUAAAAAAAUUAGAACAAAAUAAUAUUGAGCCACAAGUGCUUUAAUAUCAACAACUACCGUGAGAAGGAAGGAGAGAAGGGAAAUACCUGGACACACACGCACGCACACAAACGUACCCACAAACUCAUAUUCACAAAGUGCAGGUGUAAAAUGUAGAGGAGAGCUCAUGCAGAUUACUCGCCACGCAAGAAGCAACGUGGGAGGAUUUGGCGGAGAACAGAUACUGGUAUAAUACAUCGCAAAAUGUGGGGCGCCUUCGCACGGCGAGCAACUGUAUGAGUGAGGGCGCAUAGAUUUCGUCAUUUCAGCAACAAAUAGCCACGCUGCUAUAAACAAUUCCCCCUAUUAAUUACGAUGCAACUGUAUUACUGACUGUGUUUCUUAAUUAAAUUACUGCUUAGCUGAGAUGGUACUGUCUCCACCACAAAUUAAUGUGGUUACCACAGGUUCAUAUCUAAAGGUAUACAAAAUACCGAAGGUAUAAACGCAAGACAGAAGUACCUUAUUAUACCCUCAACUGGCGUGGAAGGUAUAGCCUCGGCGAUUUAUACCUCCCACAUGGUUUUAACGGGGUAUAGGCGUUGGUGAUGAGGUAUAAAUAUGGUAGUUUAGUCCUGGUUUAUACCUUCGUUUUACCUCCUCUAUACCUUUUCUUCUAACAGUGAAGGAAAAAAAUCUGCUAUUCCAUGCCACUGCGGCAGUCAGAACUCAACAAAUAGAGAGCAUCUCCCACUAAAUUUCGAUUUUGCAUGUCAACGUUUUUUUGUUGCUUAUGUCGUUUCCAGAGGCCCAGUGUUGGCCUGUGUAUUAAUUCUUCUUGCAAUGGUUAUCCUCGUCGUCGCCGUAAGAGCCUGGAUGAUCCUCAAGCAAGAUACAGGAGACAUCCACAAUCGAAUCCCGUCGGCGACACCACAGGUCACACAUGGCACAUCCACCACGACACAGGAUACAACGACGCCAAAACUGACACGUAGGACAACCACCACAACGACCACAACCACCACAACCACUACAAGCCGUCCCCUGACCGACGAAGAACUGACUAAACUGGCUGAAACGCGUCCCAUCACAGUCCUCUUCGUCGGUGAUCGCAGCUACAGCGCGAUAUCGAAGGAACAAUUCGUGAUAUAUGCACAAAGCCAGCUUAAUACGAUAAAUGCAGCCUUUGCAGACAAGAACAUCAAACUGAAGAUGAAAGUUUACGACACCUAUGUGAUGAAUGAGGAACAGGACAGGACCCACCUCUUGGAAGUUCAUGGUAAACAGGUUCCGUCAAUAGACGGACAAGAAACCAGGAAGACACUUAAUAGCAGAGUUCUUGAAUACCCUGGGGCCAACAAGUCCGACAUGAUCUACGUAUUCACGAGCAAGGCUUUGCUAGGCGCAAAUCAGAAGUAUAUAUGGGGUAAGUAUACAAGGCACAGCAAGUAAUAAGAACAGCCUUGUGGAGCAAACAAUGGGGCCCAUAUGCUACAUGUAGG